AUGGCUCAAACGGCCGAUGUCGCCAACCAGCUCACCCAGCUAAACUCGGCUCGCAAUCUCGUCCUCGGCGACGCCGCUCUCUACCCGCAGAUUGUAAACGGUAUCCUCCCGAUCGUAGGUGCCAACUCAAGGCUGGAACUGCGAAGAUGGGGCAUGGAAUUUAUGGCCGAGACCUUCUCCAGCCCUGUGUUGGCUACAGCGCAGAAGGAGCAGCUCGCGCCGAACAUUCUGCAGACAAUUCAAGAAAUCCUGGUGCUGCCCGAGUCUGAUACGGCUGUCCUGGGGAGCUUGGUACAGACUGCGGCUAGCUUGUAUCCAUUGGUCUUUCGCCAUAUUGUGAACCAUCCGGAGGACAAGAAGUCUUGGGAGACAAUGAAUGCGAUCAAGCAGGACAUCCUUCGCCGAAUGGAUUCAUUCCCGUGCCCUGUCAAGAUCUGCUGUGUCAAGUUUUUACAGCGCGUGGUCCAAGUUCAAACGCCAGGUCUGAUUUCGGACCCGAGGCGUCCGGAACAAAAUGAGACUUCGCUGGCUAUUGUACCGCGAACGCACUCCGUUCUUGCCAUCCCAUACUUGGAGGCUGAAGCAUCAGGCCUGCUCGAUCGCUUACUGGACGUGUUCCAGGAAGAAACCAGUGAUCCGUUGCUGGUCAAUGCAACGCUCAACUGUCUUGCGCCUCUCAUCCGCACGCGGCAGUCUAUUGCAAACAAAAUCAUUAACGCUGUCGUUGAUUUCUUUCCCGCAAAACAUGUCUCCCCUCCAAUCACGCCUGCUACGCGAGUCAGCGUCAAAUCGAUGGAGCGCACUGCUCGAGCCUUGUUGAUCAAUAUUAUGAAGAAGAACCAAAACCACCCUCUCUUCGGUAGAAUGCAGAUGUACAUUGAGCGACUGAUGCAGUCGCGACUGGAAGUGGUAGAUGACGUUUCCCGUAAACGAGGAUUGCCCAGUGAGCCGACAGACGGACUGGAUAGCGCCAAGCGGGCUCGUCUCGAUGCAGAGACUCCUCCGUUGCUUAAGAUUCCUCCGAUGGCUCCGGGUCCUGCGAGCAUUGACAAGCUUUUCACAUUGACCCAAGACAUCGGGCUUUCCUCGUUCGAUGUGAAACAGCUUCCUCCCGACCUCGUCGUGAAAAUUGCCGUGCCUCUUCUUGCCCAAGUAAACCCGACAUUGCUUACGCAGGCUGUCGAUGCCGUUCGAACCCGAUACCAAACCAUAACUAGGGAGCAAACCCUCAAGCGCCAGCAGCAACAUGCGGCCGCCGCAGAUGAAGAUGAUGAUUACGAGCCUGAAUAUGACCCAAUGGACGUGGCGGAUAAUACCUCGGAGCAGGCCAGUGCCAUUGCAGCCGAAGUAGCGGACCUUCAACCGGAUCUCGUGUCACUAGGCCCAUUCGUCCUGCCACAGCCGUCUCCACUGAGCGAAGAAGAAGCUGCAGAAGUCGGCCGUAGCGCAGUCGCCCGCGUAUUCAGUAUGAUUAAUGCCGCCGAAACCGACCCAUCACUAGCCAAAGGCAAGACCCAACAACAACUUGGCUUUGCACGACUGGCUGGAAGCACAUUUGACCGGGAUGCGUGGGCUGUGCUUCUCUCCCGCCUUGCCACAAGAGCCCCAGCUGGCCUGGAGGGUGGUGGUAAAGUGGAUUCUCGCCGGCCUACAAUCUCCGACUCGAUUCGUCAGACUCUGUAUCGCUAUAUUCUUGAAGAUUUCCGCGGCCGACUCAAUAUCGCUAUCACCUGGCUUAGCGAGGAGUGGUACAAUGAUCGUGUUCAGAUGAAGGCUGCUGCUACUCAACGUGAUCAAAGUGACGAGGAAGAUGAUCAGGAGCCUGUUGUUCCUCUUCAUUAUGAUGAAUGGGUCGUUAAACUCUUCCAUGGCUUCACGACCUACCUUGACGGCCGUGAUAUCAAGGUUCUGGUGCGGUUCCUCAGCGAGAUCCCUGAGGUCACCCUCGCCAUCCUGCAAAUGGUGGCUGGUUUGGCCAAGGAUCCAGAACGUGUCAAUCUCUGUGUGCAAGCUUUAAUGUACCUGACAAUGUUCCGGCCUCCGGCACGUGAGAUGUGCUUGAACACACUGGAGGAUGUUUACCAGACUUACGAGGAAUCCCGCCCUGCAGCAGGCAAAGUCCUGGCCAAAUGGCGUCCGCAGAAGCAGCCUGCGGAAGCCAAUGGUACUGCGGAGUCGACGCCUGCUCCCCCGCAGGAAGCACAGGCCAGCACUGCGCAGUAA